CUAUCUCUCACAUAUAUUUAAAUUUUUUUCUUUGAAAUUUAUGAUGUAACCCAAGAAAAUAGCUAAACAUAAUUGUACGCGCAAAAUUUUAUGUCCUCUGUAACAGCCUAAUUUCAAUCCUAUAUAUAUUUGUGUCUUUUGUUGCAUACCCUUUUUGUUUCAGAAAAAAAUAUUUAGUUUUGUUGAAUAUGCAAAUAAAGAAAUCGUUCUCUAUGAAUUCACGCACAGGAAGAGAUUUACAGAGAUACAAUCGUGGUUGUCGUCAAGUUGUUGGAUGUAUUCCAUAUAGAAGCAAAAAAAGGGAUCCAUCAUCAUGUGUUCAACAGGGUAGUACCCCUAUUGAUGAUUUGGAAUUUUUAUUGAUUAGCUCACAGAAGAAUCCAAGAAUGAUGUUCCCUAAGGGUGGUUGGGAAAUUGAUGAAUCAUUGGAAGAGGCUGCUUCAAGGGAGACUUUUGAAGAAGCUGGUGUUGUUGGCGAGGUUGAAGUUCAGGAAUAUUUAGGUACGUGGAGUUUCAAAAGCAAAAGCCAAGGCAUAUUUCAUGAGGGGCACAUGUUUCCUCUGCGUGUAACCGAGGAACUAGACGAUUGGCCUGAGAAAAGUGUUCGUCGACGUUUAUGGGUGAAGUUUAGUGAAGCAAGAGAAGUAUGUUGGCAUCCAUGGAUGAAAGAAGCAUUGGAUGUGUUUGCUUCAAAGGUGUCAAAGAGAAAAGAAGGAACCCAAAUAUACCAUUUCAAGGAAAAUACUGUAGUCUGCUGUAGUUAACUCAAUAGUACUACUACUAGCAAGCAUUCUUCAAUCAUCAAGAUACCACAUUCUCUAUCCCAAAUGUCAAAAUUUCACACCCUUCUUCAUGAAUUGCAAACAUUGAGUUCAAUGACGAUGUUAGAAUGAUCACUACUCCAAAAGCCAAGCCAAUUAGUACUACUCUAUGUUAAGCGAAGAGUCGAGAAUGAACACCAAAUCAAAGACAAGAACAAACAUUGUAUGAUUAGCAAUGAAAGGAAGGAAAAAACAUGUUCCAUAUUAUGAACCAAGAAUGAGUAAUGUAGCUUGAAGUCCUUGGAUCGAUGGCUACCUGGAAUCAAGAAUCUUUCGAACCUUAAUUUACAUGACAACUUGAAAUGGAGGGAAUCAACAUUAUUGUGCAAUCAAUCUUUGGUUGCAAGUGUUUAGCAGCAGAGGAGAGGUGAAGAGAAGUCUAAGAAGUUUGUUUGAUAGAGGUCAAAAGUUGAGAGAACUAGAGUACAUGGGUUAAGAGAAUUGUAGAAUAUAUGUACAAAAUUUUUUCCAACUUUGUAUGUAAUUAAUCCAAAUUUAUUCAUUCA